CUUUUGGAGGAGGCAGAUCAUCAGUGAAGAGGUUUCACUGCGCUGCUGACGCUGGUCGUUGUGCUUGUCUCGUGUAAAGUAUUUCAUGUUUAUUUAUUAAAUGGAAAAUUUCAAAAUUUAGCCUUUUUAAUUUCAUUGUGUUAAAAGUUGUCAAACUUCGGCAAUUGUUAUAUACUUGCACAACUCUGCACUAACAUGGCGGGACAAACAUUACACGAUAGACUUGUAGCUGCAAAGCAUACUAUUUAUGGGCAAAACGUGGAAAGAGCUGUUUGUAAAGCCACUACAGAAGAAGUAAUUGGACCUAAAAAGAAACACCUUGACUAUUUAAUUCACUGCACAAAUGAACCUAAUGUAUCAAUACCAGAGCUUUGCAACUUCAUUAUUCAAAGGUCACAAGAGUCCUCGUGGGUGAUAGUUUUUAAAUCUCUCAUAACUGCUCACCAUUUAAUGUGUUACGGUAAUGAGAAGUUUAUUCAGUGCAUGGCAACAUCUAGUUGUUCGUUUCACCUUAGUAAUUUUGUUGACAGAACUGCUUCACAAGGAUAUGAUAUGUCCACUUUCGUUAGACGAUAUGCAAAAUAUUUAAAUAUUAAAGCAUCGACAUACAGAAUCAUGGGUGCUGAUUUUUGUAAAAUGAAACGGGGUAAAGAAGAAGGUGUAUUGAGAAAUAUGUCAACUGAAACACUUCUAAAAACUCUGCCAAUAUUGCAUGAACAGAUGGAUGCUUUAAUGGAAUUUGAUUGUAGUCCUGAUGAUUUAACUAACGGAGUAAUGAAUUCAUGUUUUGUGUUGCUAUAUCGAGAUUUAAUUCAAUUAUUUGCUGCCUACAAUGAUGGGAUCAUUAACUUAUUUGAGAAAUAUUUUAAUAUGAAUAAAAAGCAUUGUAAAGAGGCCUUAGAUAUUUAUAAAAAAUUCAUUGUUGCAAUGGAUAAAGUUUCAGACUUCUUAAAAGUUGCAGAGAGUGUAGGUAUUGACAAAGGCAGUAUACCAGAUUUUACAAAAGCUCCUGGAAGUCUUUUGGAAGAAAUGGAAAACCAUCUGACAUUUUUGGAAGGCAAGAAAGCACAAGCAGCUCCUAGGUCUAAUUCUAUUCAAACAGCUGUAUCAGCUCUAAAUUCUACUGGUUCUGCCUUCACAAAUAGUAUUGCAAGUGCACAUGAGAUAAAUGGAUUAACAGUAGAUGAAAGCAUGAGACGAGCUGUUGAAGAAGAAGCUGCUAUUAUGAAUCAACUAAAGUCUCGUGAGGAAUUGAUUUCUUUAUCACUUGAGUUGGAGAAAGUAAUGGAACAGAGAUUAAGAGAGCUAGCAUCAAGGCAAGCAGCCGAGGCCGCAGGAUCAAAAGUUCCCAGUCCAAUACCUAAACCUUCUGUAUCAGUUCCUGUGACACUGAGUCCACCAACUAAGGCAAAAGAUACUGUUGGUACGACAGAGAAUGUAAAACAGUCUGCAUCAUCUAAUGCAGCUGAUCUCAUGUCUCUGAACACUUCUGCAGCUGAUAAUUUUGUGAGUAGUAGUCAAGUUGCUUUUCACCAGGUGCCUUUUGCAAGUAUGGGUGUAGAAGGUGUCAAAGCUGUACCUGCUGAAUUUUGUGCUGAGCCUACUUUCGCUACAGCUUUUCCUGCUGUUGCACCUGUAGAUUCUGGAGUUCCUUUUGAUCCAUUUGGUGAGGUUUUGCAACCAAAGUCUACAACUAGCCCAACAUCAACUCCUGUUCCUGACGAGUGUGAAUCUAAGUCAUCUCCAACAUCUGGCAAGCUCAUAUCAUCAGAUUUGGAUUCUAGCUUACAAACUCUAGUCCAGAAUUUAGACAUCAAUGGACCAAAAAAACCAGUCAAGCCUGGUGGGCAUCAGUGGGGAUCUCCUAAGACAUCUGCUCGGACUGGUGGUGCUAAUUGGAGUCCCACAGUACCUGCUGCAAAUUAUGGAGCACCACAGCCCAUGCCUCCUAUGGCCAUGGGUGUAGCUCAAGGUGUGGUUGGAAUGGUUAAUGUACCUGGGUAUGGAUAUCAACCUGCUGUGUUGCCUGCCAUGAUACCCCAGCCGCCUUAUAGGAUGCCGGCUGUUUGGAAUGCUGCAGUACCUACUACAUAUGCAGUGCAGCAGCCACCUAUGGUUCAUCCUCAAAUGCAAACACAAGUUAUAUAUGGAACGCCAUCACCACAACAUACUGUGAUACAAGGAACCCCCACAGCUGGAUCUGUAGCUGGGCGUCAACCAUCAAAUGAUCCUUUUGGAGUUUUGUGAAAAUAUAAAACUAGUCCUUUUCUCUGAUGAUUGGCACGUCAAUGCAUUAAAUGCUCUGCGCUGAGUUGUCUUCGAUGGGAAUUCAGUGUCCAAGAACAGACUCGUUAAUUGUUUGAAAGAGCGCGGUGCUAUUGUUAUUGUUUUCCCUGUAUAAUGUGUACUUUUAAAACGGUUUAAGGUACUUAACCUUUAUCAUGGCUAAAGUACUCUAAAAUUUAUAAUUUUCAAAUUAAAUUUUCAAUAUAAAAUAUUUUUCAGAUGGAAGUUUUUGUGAAAUGAGUUCAUUGUAUCUAUAAAUAGUUUUUGAUAAUUUAUUGGAAAAAAAAAAGUAUAUUUGAAAAAAAGAAUAGUUUGAGGAAAUUGAGUUAAAUAUUUUUCAUUGUUUUGAAUCUAUGUGUACCUUUUUGUGUGGAUUCACUUAUAAUUGUGUUUGAAACUAAUCUUAUAUGUUUAGCUGUUUUUGGCAAGAUAUGAGUUUAUUUAAUUUCAGAUGCAAUGAAAAUCUUCUUAAGACAAACACCCACAGUUGCAGAAGAUUUUAUAUCCUCUGUGGACAUUAGGUCACUUUAGAGGACGUGAUUGUUAGUCAUAAUUCAGUAUCAUUAUUUUUGUUCUCAAAAGCUUUGGUCACUCUCAAAGGUGAUUGUCUUAGAAAAGUAAUCACACUGAGAGAUUUCUAUGUACUUAUUUUGAAUUAUAAUAUUUUACAUUAUAUUUUCAUGAUUAAUUAGGAUUAUAUAUAUGAGAUCUGCACAAUAAGUGUAGCAAUAGAACAAGAUAAAUUCUAAAAAAAUAUCUCAAUAUCAUAAUUAGUUAAUAUCAUGAUUAAUGUGUAAGUUUCAAAUUUCUUUUUCACAAUCUUUAAGUAUCUGGAUCAUAUGGUUUUAUGAGAUAUGAAAUUCUCUAAUCAGAGUUUUAUCUGUAGCUCAUUGAACUUUGGAAUUCUUAGUGCCAUGCACAUACUCAUCACAUAAAUGUUCUGUAUUAUAUGUAUAAAAAAGGUCUCAAGAGCAAUACGAAUAUGUUGCUGUUUGGCUAUGGUUUAUUGUUGAAUUUCAGUGGUGUGCUAAUUGUACAACCAUAGUUUAUAGUUAAUCUGAAUAAUUUGCUUUCAUUAUUUUUGUAGAUUAUUUGAUUAUGUUCUGUUGGCUUUUAUAAAAAUUUAAUUUUAUAGUCAUCAUUAUCAUGAGCUGAUAUUUUCAGCACAUUCCAUAUUUAGUUCAUGAACUGUCAAAUUUCUUAGUAAUUAAAUGUAAUGAAGUCUGCUGCAAUGCAUUACUGUGUACUUUAAUAUUUCAAUUGUUUUGUUAAAUUUUCACUUUGGGUUGAAAGUUGAAUAAAAGUUAUGAAAUGAAA